AUUUGAGACAGAACCCGCAUGCAUUCUGCCGUCGGAUUUUAAUCGAAUUGUUCUGCGACUUCGGUUUCCUCUCUUUCUUCGACAUGAGCACCGCCGCUGCCGUGUCGGCGGCCGCAAGCAAGCGACCAGCGUCCAAGACGAGCUUCGACGACGACUACGUAUUCGUAGGUCGUGAGAACGCCCCCCCUGCACCGCCUCUCCUUGCAUCGGAUGGCGCGGCCGGAUCGUACACCGUCAAGAAGGUCCCAGUCGUGACUCCAGUUGUCGAGGACAUCCCUGCCGCGGACGAAGAGGUUCCGUACAUGCCAAGCUUGGGUUCAUCAACAGAAAUCAAGAAACUUGAUGACUUUGACGUGAUCAUCAACUCUGCGCAAGCGUUCAUUGACUCGCGUAUGCUACAGUUCUCCAAGUACACGGGAUUUGGUCCAGGCGGGGGUCUCGACGACUCGAUGAUGCUUCUCACCCCACGACACAAUCCGCAUGUACAGUUCGUCAAGGAAGACGACGACUUCCUUGUCCCACACCCCAAGAAGAAGACACCAGGCAUGGGGUGGGCCAAAUGUCCGGCACUCGACAGUCCGAGCCGACAAUGCCUUCGCCAGUUGGAGGAGCUGGGCGUGUCGUACGAACCCCACGACACGGCCUACUCUGUCAAAUACCUAGCGCCGGUACUGCCGUUUGGGGACUGCCUCUUUUUGUCCAUGGAGCAGCUCACAAUCCACACGGAAGGUGUCGAACACCUGUCGCCGUCGCGGUUGCGACUAGAAACCGCCAAGCACUUUCACGCUCACUACAUGUCGUGCACCGCGGAAGCAAAGGCCAAAAUCGACGGUGCCAUUCGAAACCUGUACUACCCAGACCUCCGCGGCGGGUGGGGCGUGUCUCCUACGCAGGCGCGGCGCUUUGUUGCUCUCAAGAGCGACAAGGAUUGGCUCGUCGCGCGCAUUUUCGAGCUCCAGGACCGUGGGUACUCGUGGCUCAAAGCUGCUGAAAUGGUGUACUCGGAGCACGCGCAACCAGUUCUGAACGCUGAAACGUACUGCAAGUACAUGUGCGUCGGCAGCGACUUCGACUCGAACACGCACUUUGUUGUGUCCAUGACGUAUUCGCGCCACGGACUGGUUGGCGUCGACAACGACCCCGACGGCCGUCGCGUGGCGUGGGGCGACGACUUUACGUUGGAAGCACUUGCUACCGCUUACCAGCGAGAUAUUUUCGUCGUGCUGGUUGGCGGCGGCCAAAUGUUUUUCCUCCCCCACAGACCCCACGCGACAACGUCGUCGACGCUGCUCCAGAACUCCAUGUCCCUCUCGACAAGCCAAGCCAGCAAAUCUACAAAGGGCCUGAGUCCAUGGUUCCUACUCAUGCGCAUGACGGGCGGCGACCGCGGUGGCGACCACUACGAACCCAUGCACUGCACACGAUUACGAAGCGACGGGUACGAAGAGUUUGGCAGUAUCGGAGACCUUUAACCUACCAUCAUCAUAUUGAACAAUGCUACGUCUGACCUUA